AUGCCAAGAUGGCUUUUAUCGUUCAUUGAUCUCAUGGGAGCAUCAUCAAAUCUAAAACCUCGUUGGAUCGCAGUUAUUGAUGUGAUUACAAAACACCAGCUUAAUGGAGAAUUGCUAUUAUUCAUUACCGAGGACUAUUUGAAAUUGUUGCAAAUACCUUUCGGAGCAAUUCAAUCAAUUCUUAUCAAAUUAAGAAAUUUAGUUCAAACUCAAAUCGAUCAACAAAUACUAAAACCUUCGGAUUUACCACCUGAAAAUAUAUUUUAUGCAUGUGAAAGUCAAUCUCCUUCGAUAUCUCUGUGUACUAAUUGUGAUGUAAAAGUAAUGACAGACUCAGCGAUAACAUUUGACAGCUGUCAGACGAAUAGCUCCAUUGAUUCGUCCCAACCAACCUUACCAGCCGUUCCUUCUUACUCUGGAAAAACACAAGGCUUGGAAGAAAAUGAAGAUUAUACAUGUGAACUGGCAACGGAUGAAAUAUGUCAAUUGUCUACUUUACACAAAGAUCAUCGACAACGAUGUAUGAAAAAAAUUGACAAAAUUGCCAAAAUUCUGCCCUCUGAAGAAAAGGAAAUUCUUUGUCAGAAUUUAAUAUUUCCAGAUCGAUUCAUGAACAAUUAUCUAAAUCGAUUACCUCCAUCAUCAUUACAAAGCUCCAAAACUCAAACAGAUUCCUCUGAUUGUAAAAUUAAGAUUAUAGUCAUUGAAAUGAAUGAAAUCCAAACUCAGAGAUACAACAAGAGAGUUGGUACCAGCGCUAACUUUUUAUUCCAUAGUGCCUUAAUAGUUGGACCCUGGUAUAUGGAAUGGAAUGACUCAUCGUUGGUAAUCCCACGACCACUCACUCAAAUAGACUCGAUCAUUCAUGACCUACAAGUUUUCACACUUGACAUUUGUGCCAUUCAAGACCAAAAAAUUCUAGACAAAUUGGUGACACUCUGCAUGAGUUACAACAUUUCAAAACAUUAUCAUUUUCAACAUUUUAUUGAACAAUUUUUGGAAUUUAUUGAAGUGAAAUCAGAAUUUGACAAAUUAUUGCAAGGUCAUGAUUUUAUCAAUUUCUUUUUUGAACAAUUACGUCAACAAGGAGUGAUUCGAGACGUGUCUCUUUUCAUGAGCGCAUCUAUCAGAGAAUACAUUCUCAACUCCAAUUCUUGUAGCCAUGAAUUGAAAGAGCUUGUGUCUACUCAACCCUACUCUGAAACGAUCAUUUCAUUUCAUUCACAUGUUCUGUUCGAUGAAUAUGUGAAUACUAUUUUAGAACAAGAUGCUUCUUAUUUUUUACUGAACCAUGGCAAGUUGGAAUUUGAAUUUUUAAAGAAAUUUGAUGACAUGUUUUGGAGGCAUGCAACAAAAUUGACAAGUUCCAAUCCAUCCAGCCAUGUAAAGAUGAAUUGUCCUUUUCAUCAGGAUGAAGAUUUUAAGAAAUAA